CAGCCAUGCAAAGAAGAGAGGUUAGCUGCCAACUCACUAAUGGUACAGUGGUUGACCUUCAACAAUGUAGUGAGGCUGAAAAACCUCCUCAACGGCAGGAAUGUUAUAAUGAUAAAUGUAAAGGAACAUGGAAAGUAGGAGAAUGGUCAGAGUGCGCCGCGCCCUGUGAGCAGCCUGGCAUCAAGUAUCGCAUUCUUCAGUGCGUGUGGUAUGGCACCAAGAAGCCCGCAGGCAAUGCUUGUCGGGAUCAGACACGUCCCUUGGUCAUGAAGGUUUGCAAAGGCCCACCUUGUGUUCUAUUGUCAGAGUGUAAGGACCAGUCAAAGUACUGCCACAACGUGAAAGUAAUGAAUAUGUGCAGAGUGCGUCGUUACCAACACCAGUGCUGCCAAUCAUGUCGUAAUAAAGGUUAAAUCAUUAUAAAAAUCAUAUAAACUUCUUUUAUAUUUAUUUAUUAUCAAAAUCAUUAUGAUGAAAUUGAAAAGCAAUAUUUCAUUUAAAAAUAAGAAAAAUAAAUGCAUGGCAAGCAUGAGAAAGCAGUCUUAUAUAACUGCCCUUUCUUUAACAGAUCUGUUGCCAUGUAGCUCUCUAAGAGUGAUUCUUGUUUUAUGUGAAUUCUGAAUAAAAGGAAUGCAUCUUCUUACUGUCAUAACAGGCAUGAUUAUCAUGCUGCAAGAAAGCCUGUAUGAGAUCUUGCACAUUGGCACCAAAUCCAUUGUCCAUAUUCACAAUAUAAAACAUGAAAUAUUACAUUCCAGUGUUAAAUGUUAUACAAUCCAGUGAAAUGACUGUUGCAAUGUGGUUAACUAUUUGUCAGGAGCCUGUGAGCUUAGGGGAAACGUAAGAAGACAUAAAUGUGUUAAUUACAAGAAGACUGAUGAAGAUAUAGAAACAAAGCUUCCCUAUUCCUGAACUUACAAUUUAAUGGGUUUUCCCCUUCAAUAUUAAAUGUAAACUUAUUUGUUCUGUUGAAAACUGUGCCAACUAUUAAGUUCCAAAGUUUCAAGAUAUAAAAAGAGAAGAGAAAAACCUGAAGUUAUGCAGAAGUGAUAAACAAUUUGAAAAAUAUAGAAUGAACUUGUGAGAUAACACAAAUGGCAGAAAAUAAUUUAUUGGCACAGGUUGAAUUUUGUUGUUUGUAAAUAAUGUAGGAUAUAAUGUAUUGUAGUGUACCUGUAAAUACGAAUACUAUACUAUAUUUAUGACAUAUUAUUGAUCCUCUCACACAAUUGGAUAAAAAUUGUCAACAAUAAUCCUUCAAACAUUCUAAUGUAAUUCAUUCCAUUUUGUGAUUCUUUCAUUCAACUCCUUCACUCUAUCAGACAGGAGAUGAUACUAGCCUAUUUUUUCCCAAUAAUUCUUAUUAAGCUCAACAUGUUGUUUAUAUUGGUCCCCAUUACUUACGCAGAAUGACUAACUGAGUUCACAUCAAGAUACGAAGCUGAAAUUCAAAUUUUAGAAAUUGAAAAGUACUGCUGUGGAAAAUACCUUACUCAAACAAGACAAACUGCAUUUUAAACAGUGACAAUUUUCAUAUACAUUCAGAAAAUAUUAUGCAUCUGAUGUCAUAUAAUAAUGUUCAAUUAUGUUUUUUAACUUUUUUUAUGAACAAAAUCUAUACUGCUCAAAGUAGAAUAUUGUAAAUUUCAUGCUCAUUUUCUUUCACAACCUCUUUAAUGAUGCUGUAGCUCCAAUGAAUAAGUGCCAUGCAUUUUUCAUCUCUGAACAAUUCAUAGGAAUUGUAUAAGGAAGCAUGCAUUUGUAGAAUAUUUUGUUUCUUGUAAUACUACCUAAAUAUUUUUCAUCAAUUG